AUGGAAGAGGGAAAUCACUCCGUGGUGACUGAGUUCAUUCUUGCAGGACUGACAGAUCAUUCGGAGUUGCAGGUCCCUCUUUUUGUGCUGUUUCUUCUGAUCUAUGCUAUCACCCUGGUGGGGAACGGGGGGAUGAUCUUGUUAAUCACGACUGACCCCCGACUCCACACCCCCAUGUACUUUUUCCUCCGGAGUUUGUCUUUUUGUGAUUUCUGCUGUUCCACAGUAAUUACCCCUAAAAUGCUGCAGAAUUUCUUACUGGAGAGGAAAAGCAUUUCUCGCGCUGCCUGUUCCGUGCAAAUGUAUUUAUUCAUCGCUUUUGCAGAUAUUGAGUGUCUUUUGCUAGGUGUGAUGGCGUAUGACCGUUAUAUGGCCAUCUGUAACCCGCUGCUCUAUACAGUCACCAUGUCCAGGCAGCGGUGUACCCAGCUGAUGGUGGCUGUUUGUGCUGUAGGGUCGGUAGAUUCUAUGAUACACAUGUGUCUGACAUUUCGGCUGUCCUUCUCUACCUCCAACGUUAUCGGUCAUUUCUUCUGUGAUAUCCCUCCGCUGCUGGCACUCUCCAGUUCUGACACCCACCUCAAUGAGAUUAUGGAAGAGGGAAAUUGCUCAGAGGCGACUGAAUUCAUUUUCUCAGGACUAACAGAUCGUCCAGAGCUGCAGGUCCCCCUGUUUGUGUUGUUCCUACUGAUUUAUAUUAUCACCCUGGUGGGGAACGGAGUGAUGAUCUUAUUAAUCACAAUUGACUCCCGACUCCACACCCCCAUGUACUUUUUCCUCCGGAAUUUGUCUUUCUGUGAUCUCUGCUAUUCCACAAUAAUAGCCCCUAAGAUGCUGCAGAAUUUCUUAGCUGAGAAGAAAAGCAUUUCCCACACUGCCUGCGCUGUGCAAAUGUAUUUCUUUGUCUCUUUUGCAGAUCUUGAGUGCCUCUUGCUGGCUGUGAUGGCGUAUGACCGUUAUGUGGCCAUCUGUAACCCGCUGCUUUAUAAGGUCACCAUGUCCAGGCAGCUUUGUAGCCAGCUAGUGGCCGGGGUGUACGCUGUGGGGUUGGUGGAUGCAUUGAUAGAAACAUGUUGUACGUUCCGGCUGUCAUUCUGCCGCUCCAACGUCAUCAAUCAUUUCUACUGUGACAUCCCCCCACUGCUGGCGCUCUCCUCUUCUGACACCCGUAUCAGUGAGACUGUGAUGCUUGCCUUCGUUGGCUUUAUUAUAGUAAGCAGCGUUGUGACCAUCCUCCUUUCCUAUGUCUACAUCAUCUCCAGCAUCCUGCGGAUCCGCUCCGCCGAGGGCCGGCGCAAAGCCUUCUCCACCUGCACUUGUCACUUGACGGUGGUGGGCAUGUUCCAUGGCAGCCAACUCUUCAUGUAUUUACGCCCUCCCUCCAGCUAUUCCAUGAACAUGGACCAAAUAGCCUCCGUGUUCUACACGCUGGUGAUCCCCAUGUUGAAUCCCCUUAUCUACAGCUUCAGGAACAAGGAGGUGAAGGGCGCCCUGAGGAAAGCAGUAAUUAAACUCCUAAGCAAAUCUGGUUAA